GCAAAAUACACACCAAACCCGCAGCCCUGCACACACUCACAAACCGCCUUCUCCUUCUCUCCCAUCUUGACCCGUUCCCUCGCCGUCCACCUCGCCAACAUUCUCUGCCGCCCUACAGGUCGUUCUCUCCUUGAAUUCCAGGCCUGUGUCAUUCCUCAUUUUUGACAUCAUCUUCGCCUGCUAUCCAAAUUAGACCCCUACAAAAUCCGUGUUUUGUCCUCCUUCUCCCUCCCAGACCGCUGCUCGGUCCAGCCAUCAUGGACGUCAGAGCGGUCUUAGAGAACACCUUCUCUCCCGAUGCCACGAUCCGUGGCGGUGCUGAAGACCAGCUCAGACAAGCCCGCGAGGGAAAUUUUUCCGAAUAUCUUUCCAUCCUCUCACGAGAGCUCGCCAAUGAUCAAGCCAGUCCUGCCGUCCGACAGGCCGCCGGCCUGGCUUUGAAGAACGCCUUCUCGUACCGUGACGUGACCAGAUUAAGAGAGGUACAGGCGAGAUGGUUGCAAGGAGUCGACCCCCAAAUCAAAGCUCAGGUCAAGGAACUGGCUGUCAAAACCCUCACCUCUACACCUCAAGCCGCCAAUUCGGCCGCCCAGCUGAUUGCGACCAUUGCCGCAAUUGAAUUACCACGCAACGAGUGGCCUGAUUUGCUGCCUGCGCUCGUUCACAAUGUCGGUGCUGGUGACGACAAACUCAAGCAAUCCAGUCUCACCACCAUCGGUUUCAUUUGCGAAUCGGACGAUGUCGAGCUUAGAGAGUCACUAGUUGGAUAUUCCAACGCGAUAUUGACCGCCGUUGUUCAAGGUGCGCGGAAAGAGGAGGAGAACCACGAUGUCCGACUCUCGGCCCUGUCGGCACUCAGUGAUGCCACCGAGUUCAUCCGCAGCAAUUUUGAGAACGAAGGCGAGAGGAACUACAUCAUGCAAGUCGUUUGCGAGGCUACCCAAUCCCCCGACACCCGAGUCCAAGCCGCCGCCUUUGGUUGCCUGAACCGCAUCAUGGGCAUCUACUAUGACAAGAUGAGAUUUUAUAUGGAAAAGGCCUUGUUCGGUUUGACCAUCGCCGGUAUGAAGAAUGACGAAGAGGAUGUGGCCAAACUGGCCAUUGAAUUCUGGUGCACCGUCUGCGAAGAGGAAAUUAGCAUUGAAGAUGACAACCAACAGGCACAACAAGAAGGAUCAACCGAACUGCGACCGUACUUCAACUUUGCCAGGGUCGCUGCACGUGAGGUUGUCCCAGUUCUACUUCAGUUGAUGACCAAGGUCUCCGAGGAUGAUGCCGAUGAUGAAUACAACGUCGCUCGCGCCGCCUACCAAUGUCUCCAACUCUAUGCGCAGACAAUCGGUGGUGACUUGGUCCCAGUGGUUCUUCAGUUUGUCGAGGCAAAUCUACGCAGCGAAGACUGGACUAAGAGAGACGCUGCAGUCUCGUCGUUUGGAGCAAUCAUGGACGGUCCUGACAUUAAGACCUUGGAUCCUCUUGUCAAACAAGCGCUUCCGGUCUUGAUCGGGAUGAUGCAAGAUCCAGUUGUCCAAGUGCAAGACUCUGCGGCAUUUGCCCUGAGCAGGAUCUGCGAUUAUUGCUCCGACUGUAUCGACCCGUCAACACAUUUGCAACCCCUUAUGUCCGCCCUUUUUGCUGGCCUUAUGAGCAAUCCCAAGAUUGCCGCAUCCUGCUGCUUGGCUCUCCUCAAUCUGACCGAGCGAUUUGUCGGUGAGGACGGCGCAUCGUCAAACCCACUGACGCCGCAUUUCCAAGAUAGUGUGACUUCUCUGCUUGCGGUGACGGAGAAAGAAGGUGGGAACAAUCAGCUUCGCACGGCUGCAUAUGAAGUGCUUGGUGGGUUCGUGACAAAUGCCGCUCAUGACAGCUUGCAGAUCGUCGCGGAACUGUCCAACGUCAUUAUCCAGCGACUAGAGAGCACAAUUCCCAUGCAGAAGCAGAUUGUCAGUAUUGACGACAAGAUCACUCUGGAGGAAUUGCAAGUCAGCCUUAGCAGCGUUCUGCUUGCCAUUGUUCAGAGACUCGAGCAGAAUAUUGGACCCCAGGCCGACCGGAUCAUGCAAAUUAAUUUGGAGCUUCUCAACGUCACGGGUAACACGAGCGUCCCCGAAGUCAUUUUCCAGAUUGUCAGUGGAUUGGCGAAUGCAUUGGCAGGCGACUUCCUUAAGUAUACGGACUCAUUCGUUCCAUAUCUCUACAAUGCGCUAGGCAACCAGGAAGCGCCGGAUAUGUGUUCGUUGGCUAUUGGGCUUGUCAGCGACAUCGUUCGUGCCCUGGAGGACAAGGCACGGCCGUACUGCGAUACAUUUAUGAAUUACCUGCUCAAUGACCUUAGGUCUGACAAACUCUCCAACGCGCUGAAACCGCCGAUCUUGGAGACCUUUGGUGACAUCGCCACUAGCAUUGGUGUGCAUUUCGAGACCUAUGUCACGGUGGUUGCCGGUGUCCUCCAGCAAGCAAACAAUGUGUCCGUUGCGAACGACGUCUCCUUCGAUAUGCUGGACUACAUCGUCUCUCUCCGAUCAGGUAUUGCCGACGCAUGGUCCGGCCUGAUUCUGGCUUUCAAAGGCACCGAGAAAGCACCCCUUCUCCAAAAUUAUGUGCAACCCAUCUUUGAAUUUUUGCAGACCGUUUCUCAGGAUAUGAAUCAUAACGAGGGUCUGCUCAGAGCCUGCAUGGGUAUUAUUGCUGAUCUCAGCGAGACCUUCCCAGACGGAUCCCUUUCGGAUUAUUAUCGACAAGAAUGGGUCACCAAGAUUAUCAAAGAAACUCGAACAGCUCGCGACUUCUCGCCGCGGACGAUCAACGCAGCACGUUGGGCCAGAGAGCAAGUCAAACGACAGACUCAACAUCAAGGUACCAUCAUGAAUGCCUCAUGAACUUGAUGUCGAGAAUAUCUUAUCCCCAACACCAUUAUCCACCUCCCCGGCACCACUACCGCCACCCCGAAUUACCCUUGCCCGUUCGCACCCCAGCACCAGCCCCAGCACAGCACAUUGAAUCCCCCUGUCAGAGCGCUGAUCACCGUUAUGUGAAGGUCAUUUCUCAUCGCAAGCCAGUACAAUGGUGGGACGACUGGAAAUCGAUGGCGAACAUGACCCUUUGCAAAACGGAGAGAAUGGUCGCGUGGACAAGCGUCAACAGUCUGAAGACCCCCGAAAUCGUCUCCACCUCCUACAGCCGAUCCUAAACGCUUCAGCCUUUUCGUGGCUCGAUCUCGACUUGAACGCUCUGAAUGUACCACCCGCAUUGGGUUCGUCAAGCCCAGGCCCGUCGCAAGGUGCUCCUCUCGGUUUGCAGUCACGCCUGGCGUGCUUAGAUCGCUAUCAUGUCGGAUCAAUGUCCACUGAUGGUAUUUCCAGUUACGACUGCACUGAAGCUCGAAACAGAAAAGGCAAUGGAAAUCUGAUUCCGCUCGGUCACAACUGCGAUGGAGACGUCGAUUGACCUUAAGCACCAAGCCUUCUGCAGCCGACGGUCCACCGAAAGGGAAACGCCGGUAUGGCAAAGGCACCUGCAAACGAUAGAUUUUCUGCGGUUUCGGUUCACGCAUGGAAAGACAGAGAAGAGUUCAGACGUAGGACAGGAUGGUUAGAUCUGGAGAUCGUUCGGAACAGAUACACAAGACAGCCCCAUGAUACCCCCUUGAGCCCCCAAUUUCCCUCCCUCGCUUCUUCCCUCCCUUCCCCUUCUUCGCGCCGCUUUCCCUUUACGUUCCGGCGCCGGUUUUCUGCUGGAUUGUGGGUUGGAACCCCACAGCUCUGUGCUGCCAGGCUCACUGAGAGUGCUGGCUUGAGCGAUUGUUUGCUCGGCCUGUAUCGUCAUAUCAAAUUGAGGUACCGACAUCCUCCUGAGACACCUAGCCUCUGAUGUGGUGACCUUCCGGGCUCCGCUUGGUGGUCACGAUCGAAGUCCAAGUGGCGGUUACUCAGGUAUAGAGCUAGGUAGCACUUCAAUUCAGAUGGCAUAAAUUAGGUCUGUCUUGAGCCUUCGGGACCAGUCUGGCAGACAUGAUAACGGUGCGUCGAGAUGGGCUGUCGACGAUGACCUUGACUGACCACAUAGGGAGUAGAAAUGCAAUCUGAAUGGUC